AUGUCCCGUUACUCAAAACCCAUGACCGCGGCUCGUCUUAACGAUGUUGUCCUAGGGUGCUUUUCACUCGUCAAACCCUCUCAGACUCUCGAUCAUUUAAUCCGGUAUCUUAGUACAUGGAGCGGUAGCGACAAACUCUUCACAGUCCUGCAAUACACCUUAAAGCUACUCGCCCCCUUUUUCCACCUCCGUGCCCGUUUACAAUAUCGCGCUGGCCUACGUGCUACACCAACGAGUGGAACUGCUGCAAGUUGUGUCAAGUUCGCCGGUAUACUUGGAGACUCGCGCACUCUUUGGCGAUUAUGGGGUCUUCUUCCUAUCUUCCAAUGGCUCAUAUCCUUGGAACGCAAUCCUCCUGCAACAAGGAAACUUUUAACCAUCGAACGCUUGCAAGGAUGGUCAAUGCUGGCAUAUUAUCCCCUUGAACAUUUGUCCUAUCUGGGUUCGCAUGGCAUCAUCCCAGCUACUAUUCCUUCACCUGCGACAAUCUUUUCCUCCAAAAAGAAGUUCAUCCGCCUCGAUCCAGCCAAACUAGGGAUGUGGUCCUGCAGAUUUUGGGGUAUCUAUGUUGUCCUUCAGUUUGCUCACUUGAUAGAAGAUUGGAAACUUUUGAAGCAAAGACAAAGUUCAAUUCGCAAAGCCAAAGGCACAGGCCUAACACGGGAAGAAAAAGUCGAGAUGCAUCAGCGACGAGAUGCAUUCUGGUCGGAGGUUGUCACCAAUUUCAGCAACUUCCCGUUAACACUUCAUUGGUCACUGGAACAGGGCAUCUUCGGCAAUGACAUCUGGGUCACCAUCUUCUCACUCAUUGGAGGUGUUGCAUCCUUCAGGACAGGGUGGAAUGCCACUGCACUCCCUCCACCCCCGGAGCCGAAGGAAAAAUCGAAUAUCACUGCAGACAAUGUUGUUCCCUAUGAUAUGUCUACAUAA